AUGGGAGAUUUCACUGAUAAGGAGAUUGAAUUUUUCAUGAAAACAGCGCUCGAUGAAGCUAAAGUUGCUUUAGAUAGGGAGGAAGUCGCUGUCGCCUGUAUUAUAGUUUCGAAGGACACCAAACAGGUGGUCGUAUCCUCUUCCAACGCCACCAACUUGACCUACAAUUCCACCUGGCACUGUGAGCUUGAGGCGAUAAACAAGCUGAUUGAGAUGGAGCCUAAUGGCCACAGGUCUGCAGCUGACGUCCACAAGUUGAGGGAGUUUACCUCCAAAUUUGCUCUUUUCGUCACCUGUGAGCCUUGCAUAAUGUGCACAACUGCCUUGCAACUUAUCGGCUUAACCGAGGUUUAUUAUGGAUGCGCCAACGAGAAGUUCGGAGGCUGCGGGUCUGUGUUGUCUCUUCACGAAAGCAACGGAGAUCUGCCUAAAAUGAACUGCAAGGGCCACAUAUUUUCCGACGAGGCCAUUAAGCUUCUUCAGACGUUCUACUCCCGGGGGAACCCUCGAGGUACUCACCGAGCUUAUAACUAUUUUUCAGCUCCCAAGCCCAGUAGAAAGAGGAAACUAACUUAA